UCUUCGUCCAAUGCCUGCGGAAAAGCAAAAAUCAUAUGAUGAAUUACCCAAAGUUUUAAGCGAAAAUGAGAGAAAAUCCUUGCUUAAUAGACUUGUUGUACAACAAUGGGAUGUAAAGGGCCUAAAUCUUUGGUGGAGUUAAGCAAUGGAAUGAAUUUUCUUGAAUUUGUUUUGCGCCAGCAUGAGGUAAAUAUAAAGA